AUGGCUUCUGUCGUCGAUUGCAAGGGCAAGGAAAUCGCGCCGGCCAGCCUCCUCAAGUCCGGUACUCCCGUGGCCUACUGCUUGGUCGACUCCCCCGCCGUCACCGCCGCCCGCCGCCCAUACAACACCCAGGCCAAGGAGGUCAGCCGCUACGACAACGACGACGACUACAGCGCCCGUGACCUCGUCACCCCCAGCUUCUUCUUGCAGGACGUGCUCGACCCGCUUGGCGCGCUGACCAGCAUGGCCUGUCUGCUGUCUCUGAUGGAGGACGUCGCAACUCAGACCGGCGGCCUCUCCUCCACUGCUGGGGCUGGGGUGUCGCGGCUCGGACGGUGGGUGGCCAAGGAGGACGACGACGCGGUGUACCUCAAGGUGUCGAUGCCGGGGCUGACCAAGGAGCACGUGGAGGACGGCGAUGACGACUCCGCGGUGCCGAGGUACAACCGCCGCAUCCAGGUGCCCGCUCCUGACGCAUACAAGAUGGACAAGAUCAAGGCCGAGAUGAAGAAUGGCCUGCUCUGGGUCACCCUGCUCAAGGUCAAGGAGGAGGAACGCAAGGACGUCUUCCACGUCAAGCGCCGCUCCGGCGCCUUCUCCUCCGAGAUCUGGUUUCACGAGAAACGUCUCAUCCUCGGCACCUUCGACACGCCAGAGGAGGUGGCCCCCGCGCAUGACGCGGCGGUGUAG